AGAGGCAGAGCCCGUUACCUUAGCUACGAGACGUUAGCCGAUGAGCUAAUAUGAGCUUGGUAUCGGAAUACUUCGAUAAAAGUAUACGGUAAAACUACGAUUAAAUUCGUAUGUAAGGUGUGUCUUGUUGUUUUAUUGUGUUAUUUUGUUUUUAUUGAUAUUUUCAGUAAGGGUACCUGCAGCCCCUCCUCCCGGUCCCCCACUCCGCCCCCUCCCAUCCCAUCCCUCAGCCUCUCUCCACAGGCGGACAUGUAAAAUGCAGCAUCUUCGGACAGUUUGAAGAAAAAGGAGCAUUUUAUAUCAUUUCAUUCCUUUUUUUUAACAACCAACGAGAUCUGCCCGGGCCAUUGGAUAAAGAGAAAGGCUGUAGUGAACAUUGGACAUGCAAAAGCAGGCAGUGACGGCCCCAUCUUCUCGGGGUCCUAGUGCCCCAGGAUCACCAGCCACUUCCAUUGUGGCCAGAAUGGAUAAUAAGGUGAUCGGAUAUAAAGACUUAGCAGCAAUUCCUAAAGACAAAGCCAUCCUGGAAGUAGAGAGGCCUGACCUGAUGGUGUAUGAACCUCAUUUCAAUAUGGCAGCUUUGGAUCGUAUUAGUCAGUCCACGAGCAGAGAGAGAUCAAUGUCACCUCAUUCCAUCUCUCCUCCGCCUUCCCCAGAGAUAUUCUACUCUAAAGAGAAGGAGUGGGUGGAACAUGACUCACCUAGCACAUCCUCCAUGGACUCAACUGUGCAGGUCCGCAAAACUAGCACUUCAUCCCGAGGACCCAUACAGCACUUCCACAGACCAGACAAUGGAGCCAACAUAUACAGCAAGCCUCCCAUUUACAAACAUGAGGGAACAACAGCAUCCCAUAAUAAGCAUAAAGAUGAGGUCAUCAUCUUGUCCUCUAAGUUCCCAGCAGCCCAGCCUCCUGAUCCCAGCCAGCCGUCCAAAAUAGAGACGGAGUACUGGCCCUGCCCUCCAUCACUGGCUAGCGUGGAGAUUGAAUGGAGGAAGAAAGCAGCAGAACAGGGCAAAGCUGAAGAGGACGAUGAAUUUGAGGAUCUGACUGAGGAUGCAAAGAGGCUACAGGAGCAGGAACUUAACAAAAUCCAGUCCAACUUGGGUAAGCUGAUCCUAAAAGAGGAAAUAGAGAAAUCAGUGCACAUCCGGAGGAAAACACGCUCACUGCCCGACAGGACACACAUGAUCUUGGGUUCAUCCAGUGGUGCAUCUAAAUCUGCCACUCUGCCAACCUGCAGUCGCUCCGGCCUUUCCCGGUUGCAGUCCGCUGAAUUCGCCACCACAGACAGUGAAAAAACCAGAACAGGACUGCAGAACGGAGACACUCUGAGAGGGAGAAUGGAUCGAGGAAACUCACUGCCUAGCAUGCUGGAGCAGAAGGUUUAUCCUUAUGAAAUGCUUAUUGUAAACCACAGAGGGCGCUGUAAACUUCCACCUGGAGUAGACAGAACCAGACUAGAGAGGCAUCUGUCUCCUGAAGAGUUCCAGAGCUUAUUUGGGAUGCCGAUUGCAGAAUUCGAUCGUUUGUCGCUGUGGAAAAGAAAUGAUCUCAAGAAAAAAGUCUUGCUUUUCUAACACAAAUGAUCUACCUAUGGACAAAAAGCAUUCUCUGAUACUUACACAUCUGAGACAUUUCAGGAUAAGUAAACCAUACAUAUCCGACACAUAUCAUACAGCUUGUGUAUGUCUGUUAUAGACCUGUGCUUUGUGUGCAGUAAGUCAAAAUACAAAUUAACAUAUCUAUUUUACAAAGUAGAGGUCAAAAAUCACAACUCUCUUCUCCUGAAGAUCUGCCUUGCUACAAACCUUCCUUUUCCAUGAGCAUAUAUUAUAUAUAUAUAUAUAU